AUGAGUGCAUCUAACUUACAGGAAAGUGAAGUGCGAAUCGCACACUCUCUGAAUUUGAAGGAGGUGGCGUGUGUGAAAAAAAGGAGAAGUGAAAUCUGGUCAAGCCUGAAAACACUUGGUAUAAACUGUAGUCAGGAUAAAGUUCCAAACAUUGCAUUACUGGGUUCUGGAGGAGGACAAAGAGCCAUGGUGGGUUUGCUGGGAUCCCUGGAUCAGCUUGAUAAAACAGGUCUUCUGAAGUGUCUUCUUUAUCUGAGCGGAGUUUCUGGAUCCACCUGGUGCAUGGCCUCCUUAUAUCAGGAACCAAACUGGUCCACUGAACUACAGACUGUGAAAGAGAAAAUCGUCAGCAGAAUCAGUGGUCCUCCAGUCAGCUGGUCAGAUGCGUAUGCCAAACUGAAGAAAUAUUACAUUGAGAAAGAGUACUUCAGCUUGACUCAUGUGUGGGCAGCGAUGGUCAUCACAACAUAUGUGAAAGAGAUCGACGAGCGCACAUUCACAGAUUGGUUGGGGCAGUCCAAGAACAACCCGUUUCCCAUCUACACUUUGAUUGACAAGGAAUGUAAACAGUCCGGAGAUGGAGAUCCCUGGUUCGAGAUUAGUCCAUGUGAAGCAGGCUAUUCUCUCACUGGAGCGUUUGUGAAAACUUCCAGCUUCGGCAGUCAGUUUGUAAAUGGCCGUAAGAAAACAUCUCAGCCUGAAAUGGACAUGCUGCUCCUGCAAGCUCUGUGUGGCAGUGCUCUGGCUGAUGGAGAAGAAAAUAUAAAAUUCCUCUGGGGAAAAAUCAAAGGUUUGUUUAAACAUGCAAGUGCUCAAAUGAUUGAGCAGAUGGAGGAAGAUCCAACCCUUCAACAUGUAGAACCUUGUACAGAAGUGCUGGAGGAACUUGUAGACAUAAAUAUCUGUCUUUUGGAUGGAGAAGAUCCUACUACUCUUGAUCAUUCUAUCAGAAAAAAUCUUAAAGAGCCCACACCACGGCCUCCUGGCUGUGCUGCACAGGGGUGGUUCUUCCCCAGGCUAAUGCGUAUGCUUCGCACGGCGAUCGACUAUGCUCUUAUGACCUUCAAGUCAACUGCCUGUAGGCGUUCUCGGCGACACCGUCUGGGACUUACCCAGGAGUCCUCAGUGGUGAAAGAUCAUCCGUGCGCGAUGGCGCAGAUCAUCUCUUGGUGGGCUCGGAAAACUGCUCUCCCCAUCAGACCUGUCCGCGCUGGCCAUUCCUCGCCGAAGGAGAAGAACCGUUCUUUCCCCGGUGGAGGCUGGGGCGCCCCUACGAAUGUAUGUAGCGAGCCCAAAAGAGCGGCUUUUCCUCACUCUGGGUGUGGAAGCCCAAUUGCUGCCAGCAUUGAACGGACUGCCUUCCAGCUCUCAGCUUUGGUGCAUUUCGCCACAGGCCAGAGGAUGAGCUCCUUUCUUGCACCUCCAGCCACUCCGCUGGAUCCUGGGAGGAAACUGUCCCUCCGCGGGAACGUCAGCGAUCGUUCCGGUGAUGCUGCUCAUUUGGACUCUGUCGGCCUGGUUAGCGCUGCUCAGCCCGUUAUAGUAGCUCACGUGAGCGGUCUGAAACUCGGCUAUGCGUUUCAAUUCGCUGUUGGCCUCCCGAGUUCACGGGAUUUGGCAGCUUUGGCAGUGACUGAGAAUCUGGCAGCUCUGGUGGAUCUGGUAGUUCUAGUAGUGGCUGAGGAUCUGGCAGCUCUAGAGGUGGCGGUGGCAGCUCUGGCAGUAACAGAUCUGGUGGUGGCGGCAUCGACUCUGGCAGCUCUAGUGGCGGUGCCGUCGACUCUGGCAGCUCUAGUGGCUUUGGCAGCACUGGCAGUAAUGGCUCUGGCGAUGGCCUUUCAGGAACAGGAACAGACUCGCGACAGGAAGCCAUCUUGUGAGCUGGAGGACUGGAAGAGGCCAUGUUGUGCUCCGGCACCUUGGCCUGUUCGAGUUUCGGGUCAACCGAGUAUGAGCGAACUUUCCCCCAGGCAGAGCUUCUCUUAUCUCGGGUUGAAGCUGGACUUGAGGCUCCUGGGGCAUAUGACACUUGUAGCUAUCACGCCGCUCAAUUGCUCAUAUGAGACCAAUUCAGCGCUGGCUUCGCAAUCGAGUCCCCAAAUGGGCAUGGUGCACCGGGUGUACAUCACCACGCUGGGUCUCUGCACCUUCAGCACCUGGAUGGAUCUUGCCUUCUACGGGCCUGAAACGGAGACUCCACCCCGGUACAUUCCAGCUGUUAUGGCACGCUUCAGAGAAGCCCAGGUCAUCCUGCUGUUUCUCCCGAGCGGCCCUUCGCUGGCUGCUUUCUUUGCUCUGCACAAAGGCGCUGGCUCUCAGCUGGCCCUGGUUUCCCCUGAUAAAAGCAGUGAAAAUGAAUACACGUUGGAAGUGUGCGAAUUCCUGGAUGAAUUGCAAAUGAAAUUGAACAUAAACUGGCCUGUAGGUUUGAAGAUGUGGAUAAGGAUUUUUGUAUGCAUGGCUAAGUGGACCUGGGGCAGGAAUUAUGACUUUCUCUACAACAUGAGAGAUCCCGCAGUUCCCGCUGCUCUUUUGAAAAGUCAAACGAGAGACUAUGAAGAUGCUGGACUAUUGCUGAACUCACCCUAUUUCUCUGUGCUGAGAACAGAAAGAAACGUUGACCUCAUCAUUUCUCUGGAUUUCAGUGAAGGCGAUCCUUUCCUGACAGUGAAAGAAGCUGCUGAGGCAUGCAGCAAACUAAAGAUCCCUUUCCCUCCAAUCAACUUACUUGAUGAGGACAUCAAGAACCCAAAGGAUUUCUAUGUGUUCAAAUCAACAGACAAAAAGGCUCCAACCGUGAUCCAUAUUCCUCUCUUCAAUGUGAUCAACUGUGGAGAUGAACUUGGGCAGUAUAGGAAGAAAUAUCGUACUUUUCAAGGAGCUUACAGCGCUGAGAUGAUCAAGGAUCUAAUGAACGUCGCUGGAAAAAACGUCUCAAACAACAAACAGAAGCUGAUUAAUGUAAUCAAUGAAGUCAUUAGGCAGAAAUGA